AUGAUUUUGAGUGAGCGUACAAAAAAAAGAAAAAUUAAAAAUGAAAUUGAUUAUACACUUAAUGCAAUUUAUGGCAAAUCUAAUGAUAUUUUCCAAGAAGUUUCUCCAUCAGUUAAUUUUUGUGAUAAUAAUGAAUCAUUAGAUACAGUACUAAAUGUAUUAUCUCCAACAGUGUCUUCUCCAAUUACUAAAAUUCCAGAAAUAAUACUAUUUAGUACUUGUACUUCCAAUACUUGUCCGGAAGAAGUAACUGAUAUUCUGUGUGAUAAUGUUGGAGAAUGUUCAAUUAUUCAACAAGAUUUUUCAUUAAGAGACUUCCUAGCAUCAUGGGCUCUUAAUUUUAACAUUUCGCAUAUAGCUUUGAAUGGAUUACUAAAGGGAUUAAAAAAUCAUAAAUGUUUUAAAGAUUUAACGGUUGAUAGUAGGACUCUGUUAUCGACUCCAAAAAGUAUUUAUCAGAGUAUACAAACUAUUAUUCCAGGAAUUUAUCACCAUUUCGGAUUGUCCUCUGCAAUUUUGAAGUAUACUCCCAACAAUGUUAAUGAGGUCAAUAUUGCCAUAGGUAUUGAUGGCGUACCUUUGUCAAAGAGUAGUGGUGGUCAAUUUUGGCCUAUUUUAGGUUACAUUAUUCCUCAAGACUCGUCCCGCAAAAAUGUUUUUCCUAUCGGCAUAUAUUAUGGAUUUGAAAAACCAAAUAAUAGUAAUGAGUUUCUUUCAAAUUUUGUAGAUGAAGCUAAAUUCCUAAUUAAUAAUGGUAUUAUUAAAAAUAAUAUCACAAUUAAAAUUUCAAUAAAAGUAUUUUGUCUUGAUGUACCUGCUAAAAGUUUUAUCCUGCGUACAAAAGGUCACUCUGGAUUCUCAUCGUGCACAAGAUGUACAAUUGAAGGAGAAUACAUAAACAACAGAGUCUGUUUUCCAUACUCACAUGUGCCAUCAAGAAAUCAUCAAUAA